CUUCACUUCCAAAGUGGUCCUCUUCUUCAUAAUUUGACAACCUCCUCCUCCUCCUCUCACCUUUAUCCUACACACGCUCUCCUCCCUCACCCUCUAAUCCUGCGCACCCCCCCCCUCCUUCCUCUCCCCUCCCCCUAAACAACCCAACAAGACCAAACCCUGAAUCCCGAACCCACUUCACCAUCUUCCAGACUGAAACAGCAGCAUUUGAGUUAUGUCGAGCUGGACCCGAGAAGAAGACAAGGCCUUCGAGAACGCAAUCGCUUUGCAUUGGAUCGAGGACGAUGAGGAAUCAUCGUGGGACAAGAUAGCGUCUUUGGUUCCGAGCAAGAGCAUGGAGGAGUUGAAACGACACUACCAAAUGCUAGUGGAAGAUGUGAGUGCAAUUGUGUCAGGGAACAUUCCGGUUCCUAAUUAUGGAGGGGAAGAAGCUACCACAUCGGUGAGCAAGGAGAGCAGUAGUGCUCGGGCUUCUUCUUCUGGGGUUUCAGAUAAGAGAUUGAGUAGUGGCCAUGGAAAUGGAGGUGGGUUUUCGCCUUUGGGUCAUGACUCGUCUGGUCAUGGAAGUAAAGGAGGGUCCAGGUCAGACCAAGAAAGAAAGAAAGGGAUUCCAUGGACAGAAGAAGAGCACAGGUUAUUUCUACUUGGUCUUGACAAGUUUGGCAAGGGAGAUUGGAGGAGCAUUUCAAGGAACUUUGUCAUUUCCAGGACCCCUACACAAGUGGCUAGCCAUGCGCAGAAGUACUUCAUUCGCUUGAACUCGAUGAAUCGGGACAGGAGGAGAUCGAGUAUCCAUGACAUUACCAGUGUCAACAAUGGUGGGGAUGUCCCAUCUCAUCAGGCACCAAUUACAGGGCAACAGAGCAAUGCUUAUGCCCCAAGUGCAGCCGCGAUAGGACCACCAUCGGUGAAGCAUAGGCCUCAUCAGCCGCAUAUGGCGGGUUUAGGAAUGUAUGGAGCGCCGAUGGGGCACCCAGUUUCUGCUCCUCCGGGGCAUAUGGCAUCCGCGGUUGGCACUCCUGUUAUGCUUCCUCCAGGGCACCAUCCCCACCACGCCCAUCCUCCCCCGUAUGUUGUCCCAGUUGCUUACCCAAUGGCACAUCCGACAAUGCACCAAUAACAACACUUCUACUAGGAUUUCAGAUUUUUAGUGAUUUUGAAAGGGAAUAAUACAUAGCAGAGCAGAGUCAAGAGAACUGGAUUCACUUUCCUGUAGCAUUGAUUUCUAUUCAAAUCAUGUUUUUCAUAGAACAUUUCCGUUAAAUUCGUUUUGUAAAUAUGAAAGCAGACAUGAUGUUGACAAUGCAA